GGAAUUGAAAUAUACGUGUCGGAGAAUAUACGUGAUGGCCUAUUGAAUUAUACUGCUAGUAUUAAUCACUCUUCAUUUUUAAAUAAAAUUUAAUUAUUAUUAUAUACGGUCGACGGUUCAACUUCAAACCUUCAAACGCAGAAGAGUUUGUUUACAUUCGAUAAACGUCUUAUCACAUUACAUUGAUAAGAGUUCAAUUGCUCUUACUUCGCUGUGUGGCCUUUUAAUUUAUCAUAUUUUCUAUUCUACUUCGAUGGUUAAGUUUGUGCUCGAACAUUCGUUUUCAAGUGUGUCUCUGUCUAGGUAACAUAGUGAAAAAUACGUACAGUUGCUAGUUACUAGUUAGUGAUUCCCUUGAGCUUCGAAAGCAUUGUUUCGUAAAACUUCCCGUUGCUACCCAGUCACCGUAAUCUAAUAACUUGAAUCGACAUGAAGUUAAUAAUUUUGAAGUCGGCUGAAGAAGUUGCCAAUUGGACUGCCAAAUUCGUAGCCAAAAAAAUCAAUGAUUUUAAACCAGGUCCAGAUAAAUAUUUCGUUCUCGGUUUACCAACAGGAAGUACGCCUCUUGGGAUGUAUAAAAAAUUAAUCGAAUUCUACAAAGCAGGAAAAGUAUCGUUUAAGUACGUUAAAACGUUUAAUAUGGACGAAUACGUAGGAUUGCCUAGAGAACAUCCUGAAAGUUACCAUUAUUUCAUGUGGCAUCAUUUUUUCAAACAUAUCGACAUUCAGCCCGUUAAUGUUCAUAUUUUAGACGGUAACGCUGAAAGUUUAGAGAAAGAAUGCGAUGAUUAUGAAAAGAAAAUCGUCGAAGCUGGUGGUAUUCAUCUGUUCAUCGGAGGUAUUGGUCCCGACGGACAUAUUGCUUUCAACGAACCUGGCUCAUCUUUAGUCUCAAGAACUCGAGUCAAAACUCUCGCUCAAGAAACACUCGAAGCUAAUGCUCGAUUUUUUGAUAACGAUUUAUCGAAAGUUCCCAAACGUGCUCUGACCGUCGGCGUAGGAACCGUUAUGGAUGCAAAAGAAGUGAUGAUAAUUAUUCUCGGCUCUCAUAAAGCGUUCGCAUUGUACAAAGCUAUCGAAGAAGGUGUUAAUCAUAUGUGGACGGUGUCAGCAUUUCAACAGCAUCCUAGAACAAUAAUGGUGUGUGACGAUGACGCUACCUUAGAAUUACGUGUUAAAACGGUCAAGUAUUUUAAAGAUUUGCAUCAAGUUCAUCUGAAACUGAUUGAAGAAGAUGGUGACUGUGAUUCGCAUACUGAAUUUUAAACUUUGAUAUAAGGUAUUGAUACUUAUUUUUAUUUGUCAUUUUUAUGGGUAUUAAAAUUUUUUACAGGCAUUUUUUGUGUAACUUUUUUAAAAAUAAUAAAUCAAUAAUAAUUAUAUCGUACUUAAAUGUUUUAAAAUUAGUUACCAAUAUAUUAUUUAUUUGUGUAUGUACAUAUCGCUCGAAGUUCGUUGCAAAAAUAUAAUCGAAACAAUAUAAAUUUAUCAAAUUUUA